AUGAGUUACACUGCUAAUUGGUUUAAGGAUUUUGCACAGACUCAUGAAACAUUUAAACAUUCUAUAGCUGGCGCUGGCGCUGGUCUCAUCUCAUCCAUUAUUACUUGUCCCUUUGAUGUCGUAAAGACAAAACUUCAAAAUCAAAGCAGACGAGACUAUAGAGGAACGAUUGGCACCUUCAAAAGCAUUUGUAUUGAAGAAGGUCUAAGCGGCUUCUAUAGAGGAUUAACGCCCACAGUAGUAGGUUAUUUGCCAACAUGGGCUAUUUAUUUUACAGUUUAUGAUGUCUGCAAAAAUUCUUGGACAAACCAUGAUCUUGGCCAACAGAAAAGCCCUUGGUUAAUACACAUCUCAUCAGCCUUAACAGCCGGCUUAGUGAGCACGACAUUAACAAGUCCAGUAUGGGUCAUCAAGACAAGAUUUAUGUCUCAAACUGUACGAUCCUCUUAUCGUUAUAAUAACCUGAUAGAAGCAUUCAUCAUGAUUGCUAAACAUGAAGGUGUUCGAGGUUUCUAUAAAGGUUUAGGACCUUCGCUCAUUGGUGUAAGCCAUGUAGCUAUUCAAUUUCCCAUGUAUGAGAAGUUUAAAUCAGUUCUGUCUACAGUCGAAGGAAACAAUAUCCAUGCAAUUUUGAUUGCUUCUGCGUUAUCUAAAAUGAUUGCUAGUACAACGACUUAUCCGCAUGAGGUUGUCCGAACACGACUUCAGAACCAAAUUUCGAGGCCAUUUAAAUACAAGGGACUGUUUCAUGCUGUCAAGGUAAUUCUAUAUGAAGAAGGCAUGUAUGGUUUCUACAAAGGGCUUCAAACAAACCUUAUUCGUACAGUCCCUGCAUCUGCAGCAACCAUUCUUACGUAUGAAUAUAUUGUGGAUAAACUACAGGAUACCCAAAAAAAUAAAUAA